CCCUUCCGCUCCUCUCUUCUCCCCAUCUCCAUUUUUUUCCUCCUAUGGUUUUUGCAUUUUAGCCCCUCAAGAAGCUGCGAUUUUGUGUCCGAUCCGUCGGCUCGAUUCUGCGUGUGCUCUGCUUCGAUCGGGCGCGCCGGCCGUUGGAAGAUCCCUGCGAGGCUCCUCGUUUAGCGGGCCUGUGAAGUUCGGAUCUCGUGCACAAGUUGCGGCAUCAGAAACUCUCAAAUUGGGGGUUUCCUGCUGGAGGCGGAGGAAGCUUCUCAGGCAGCUGCCUUCCGGAGGAGCUCUUCCAGUUCUGGGGGUUUCAGUAUUAUACGGGGUUCAGCGGUUGAAAGAUUAAUAGCUUGAGGAGUAGGCCUGGCAAUCUUAAUUAUUGCGUGGGUUUUUGGUUAGAUUUCGUGUAUUGGUUACCAAAGUUUGGUUGUCAAGUCUGGUGUGGGAGCCCUCAGCCUGGAGAUUUCCUCCCUCGAGACGCCGAAGGAGCCGGCGGCUUUGGAAGGAAUUUCCUGCCAUCCUUGAGGCUGCUGAUUUCCCCCUCCUCAGGAAGUCAAGUAAGGGCUUUCUUCCGGAGGAGCUCUUCCAGUUCCUUAACUUUGCGCGCCGUGGCUAUUUAAUCUCCAUUCCAAUCCAAGAUUCGCAAUCGUGUGAGACUGGGAACUCCGGAAUUUGUUUGGAUAAGGUGUUCUAGGAAUGGGGAAUCAAUGCCCAAACGGGACUCUUGGGAGUGAUUACUACAAUCGUCCCGCUUCUAGGUUCGCUGAUGGAUACCUCGAGGAGGAUCGCUACUCUGACUUGAAGAAGUUUGAGAAGCCAUGGCCUGAGGUGAACUCAUUUAAGCCCACUGCUGCUGGUAUUCUGAAGCGGGGAUUGGAUCCAACAUCUAUCACUGUCCUUGAAAGGAAGACAUCGGACCUAAGGGAACAUUAUAUCAUUGGUCGAAAGCUUGGUCAAGGGCAGUUUGGCACAACAUACCUUUGCACGGAGAUCAGUACUGGGUGUGAGUAUGCAUGCAAGACCAUCCCAAAGUGCAAGCUCAUCACCAAGGAGGACAUUGAGGAUGUGCGACGUGAGAUCCAGAUAAUGCACCAUUUGUCAGGCCACAAGAAUGUUGUUGCAAUCAAGGAUGUUUAUGAGGACGGGCAGGCGGUUCACAUUGUGAUGGAGCUAUGUGCUGGUGGGGAGCUCUUUGACCGAAUUCAGGAGAAGGGGCAUUACAGUGAGCAGAAGGCUGCAGAGCUUAUAAGAAUCAUUGUUAGUAUAGUGGCUAUGUGCCAUUCACUUGGGGUGAUGCACCGUGAUCUAAAGCCAGAAAACUUUCUCCUUUUGGAUAAAGAAGAUGAUCUAUCAAUAAAAGCAAUUGAUUUUGGUCUAUCUGUGUUCUUCAAACCAGGUCAGGUUUUCACUGAGUUGGUUGGAAGUCCAUAUUAUGUUGCUCCUGAGGUACUUCACAAACGUUAUGGACCAGAAGCUGAUGUGUGGUCAGCUGGAGUGAUACUCUAUGUAUUGCUUAGUGGCGUGCCACCUUUUUGGGCAGAGACACAGCAAGGUAUAUUUGACGCUGUCCUUAAGGGGCACAUCGAUUUUGACUCGGACCCAUGGCCUAAGGUAUCUGAAAGUGCAAAGAAUCUUAUAAGAAAGAUGCUCUGCCCUUGUCCUUCAGACCGUCUGAAAGCCCAUGAAGUACUACGCCAUCCUUGGAUUUGUGAAAAUGGAGUGGCCACUGAUCAAGCUCUUGAUCCCAGCGUUCUUUCUCGGCUCAAACAAUUCUCUGCAAUGAACAAGUUAAAGAAAUUGGCUCUGAGAGUGAUUGCUGAACGUCUUUCUGAGGAGGAGAUUGCUGGGUUAAGGCAAUUGUUCAAAGCAGUGGAUGUUAAAAAUCGAGGUGUGAUUACUCUUGGUGAGCUUAAAGAAGGCUUAAGAAGAUAUGGUACUGAAUUGGAGGAUAGAGUAAUUAGUGAUAUAGUGGAAGCGGCUGAUAAAGACAAUAAUGUGACAAUCAAUUAUGAAGAAUUUAUCGCUGCAACUGUGCCUCUUAACAAAAUAGAGCGUGAAGAGCACUUGAUGGCGGCUUUUACUUACUUUGACAAAGAUGGAAGUGGUUAUAUCACAGUUGACAAGCUUCAACGAGCUUGUGGAGAACAUAACAUGGAGGACUCUUUCCUUGAAGAGAUAAUUUUAGAAGUUGACCAGAACAAUGAUGGUCAAAUUGACUACGCCGAAUUCGUAGCCAUGAUGCAAGGCAACAAAGUUGGACUUGGGUGGCAACCAAUGGAAACCACUUUGAAUGUAACCUUGAGAGAUGCACCUCAAGUACACUGAUGCACACGUGAUGUACAUAUUUUGUUCUCUUUUCUUAUUGAUCAUUUCUCCACGACCUGAAUUCGGGUCUGGGAUGUACGAGAAGAGAGCAAAUCAAUUCAUUUAGUAGUAUUUAUGAUCCCAAAUAAGUGUGGGCUGGCAAGUAGUAUAGUUUGUUAUGAGAGAUGUGUUAUAUAUAUAGUAGUGGUAUAUGUUCAUAUAGUUGAAAUCCUGUCCAGCUAUUCAAAGUACCAAAAGAGGUGCAUUCAGUUUGUUAUUUGUUCAUUCUGUUACUGGUUGUUUGAAGGAGCUUCUGUAUUCUGAGAUCA